UUCGAUCUUCUCAAACAGAAAUGGCAGCCGCUUCAUUCCACCACGAGCAAGUUUGUGUGAUGGAUGCCUGCGGUCGCCUCGGAUCUACCCUGGUUGAACGCCUACUGCAAAGAGGCUACACGGUCCAUGCUGCAGUUCAAGCCCAUGCUAAUAGUCAACGCUCCCAAUUCAAGCUGAAGAUUUUCCAUGCGGACCCUUUUGACUAUCAGAGCAUCACCGACGCUCUCAAAGGCUGUUCUGGCUUGUUUUACGCCUUUGAACCAGCACAAGACUACCCUUCAUAUGAUGAAUAUAUGGCAGAAGAGGAGGCAAGAGCAGCACACAAUGUGAUAGAGGCAUGCGCUCGGACGGAGACGAUAGACAAGGUGGUCUUCACAUCCUCCGCCACUGCCAUUGUUUGGAGGGACAACCCUCAAUCGGUUGCGCCCAAUUUGGACGAACGACAUUGGAGCGAUGUUGAUCUUUGUCACGAAUUCAAGUUAUGGCAUGCGCUAUCGAAGACAGUCGCGGAGAAGACUGCAUGGGCAUUGGUAAUGGACAGGGGCAUCAACAUGGUUUCGAUCAAUGGCGGAUUGUUGACGGGGCCGCAUGUGUCUAUCACCCACCCUUACUUGAAAGGAGCUGCCGAUAUGUACGAGGGUGGGACGUUGGUGACCGUCGACCUUCAUUUCUUAGUUGACGCUCACAUCUGCGUCUUUGAAGAUGUUUCAUCCUUCGGUCGAUAUUUAUGCUUCGAUCACGCUGUUACUAACCAAGAAGAUGCUAUUCGCCUCGCCCGUUUGCUUACACCUUCUGCUCCUUCUCUGCCUCCAGAAAGUUACGAAGAUGAUAACACGAUGAUCCAACAAAGGUUCAGCAACAAGAAAUUGAAAAAGACGAUGUUGGAUUUUAAGAGUGAGCCAACUUUGGAGGAUUGA